UGCACCUAAAGAUGGCAGCCUCUAAUUGUCACAAAGUCUCAAUCUUGUUUGCUUUCUAUGCAACUAUCAUCGUCUAUCAGAUCUCCGUUACAAAUGGGAACAGAGAUCUGAUAGGCGGUGUCUGCGCAAAGGCACAAUAUCCUGUUCUCUGUAACCACAUCUUAAGAGCCGACCCCGAUGCUAAGAAAGCCGACGACAUGAAAGACUUAUUGGCUGCCGCGAUUAACAUUGCGAAAAAUCAGGCCAUCACAGUCGAGACUCUUGUUAACUCCCUUCUUAAGAACGGGACCGUUGACCAGAAACUAAAGUCAGCACUCAAGCCGUGCUUGCGUAACUAUGGCGACUCCAUCAAGAAGUUCGGGGAGUGCCGGGAUUACUUCGAGUCCGGAGAUUAUGGAGGCGUGAAUGCACAAGCUUCUACUGCACUGGAUAAUAUUGGGACUUGCAAUGAAAGGUUCUCUCCUUCCAAUUCUACUAAACAUCAUCAACAUGAUGAUAAGCCCAUUAAGCCGCUUAAUCUGAAAGUUGCCAGUUCUUUAUUGCAAGGAGCUUGCGAUAUCGUUUUGGUCAUUACUUAUAAUGGUUUUGUGGGGUAGAGAAUUAAUGAGCAAAAGAUAGAUGCCAGAAGAUCUAAUUUGGAAGCGGUUAUAUGAGAUGUUUUUAACUUCUUAAAUAUGAGAUGUUUUUAAUUAUAAUCAAAUUACAUAUUCUAAAAUCUCAAAUUAAAUAUUUUCAAACUCAAAAUAUCAAUUAAGUUAGCUUAUUGAUUCAGUAACCGUAAUUCUACUUUGUUUAAUUAGUUCAACAAACUAUAAUUAAACAAAAGCUAGCUAAGGCUUUAUAAUUUGUUGAACUAAAUCAAAACUAAAGAAAAAACAAGACUGGCAUAUUCUUUGGCUUUCCGAUAAUCUAUGUUGGUAUGUUGAUAUCAGCCUAGCAUUUCAGCAAUAUAAGCAAUAUUGGGACGAGUACAAACUUGAGCAUACAUUAGGGUUCAUUCUAUAGAAGCAUGAGGUAUAUAUCAUACUCAUUUGUUCCUUUUCUACUUCUGUUUUCGGGCAUUGAAACGAACCAAAAAUGUCCCCUUUAAUUACGGGAGCAACUGAAG